UGACCUCCGCUCUGUGCCUUUCCGUGCACUUCCUGCUCCACGCGACAAGUUUUCAGUUCGUUUUGCCUGCCCAGAGGAUCAUGAGCAAGCCGAUGAUCUGGCCAGAAUUCCGCGUCCACAACGCCAUCUUUGCGUACCGUCACCUUGUGUGUUGCGUCAUCGGUAUUUGGUUUCCCGACGUUUGGUACAGGAGCAGCCCGUCCAUCCUCUGCCUCGGCCUCAAGAUUGCUAUCUUGAGCCUUACUUGCUGGGCCGCAGACGUGGCAACCGAGAGGCUCGGUAGCAGGGAGGACCGCACCACGAACGCCAUGCCGUACCCCGCAAGCAUGUCCGCGCGAGAGAUUGCCAUCGUGAAGAGGUUCUACGCGAAGUCCCAGUUCGCCGCCACCACCCUCUCCGUGUUUGGAACCCCGAUGCUGUCCUUCCUGUCCGUGCUGGCCAUCGAGGUGGCGUCUUUUCUCAUGACGCUGGUGCGGAAGGGGAAGAUCGAGGCUCGCACGUACCACGCUCUCUACGGCUUGGGGCUAUCUCGCGGCGGAUUUGUCAUGCUCCCUGCCCUCGUGGCUACGCUGCUCUCUGGCGAUCUUGAGGCUGAGCUGGCAACCUAUCGGGCGCUGUGUGUCGCCUGCGUGGCCGUGCAGGGGCGCCUCGUCUGGAAGUGGGGGAAGUAUUUUACGUGGGUCGUCUCCCCGGUGGUUGGCUGCGUGAUGGCCUCCGCGCUGGCCAGUGCGGUACACUUCAAGUGGGUCUGCUGGAUCGGAAUGGCCUGGUCGGCAGGCGAGACCUUGCUAUACCGGCCAGAGCAGCCGAAAGCCAGUGGCACAGAGUGUCCAGCGGCCAAGACGUCUGGCAGGGGCAGCUCCUUCUUCGGCUGGGUCGCGGCCCGGCCGAUCCUGUGGAACGCGUGA